AUGGGGAUCCGCCAUUUUGACGAAACCCUACCGGAAAACUCCGGUAGUACUCUCCGUGAGUUAAUGAUGGCGGAACAUCCCCCAUCCCACCACAGAAAAAUUGUCAAGACGCUCUACAAAGCCCUAGCACACAGAGACACCAGAACCACAGCAAAGCUAGUGGCUCCGGAUCUCGAGUGGUGGUUCCACGGACCGCCGCAGUGCCAGCACAUGAUGAGAAUGCUAACCGGGGAGUCGAGGCAGUUGAAGUUCAAGUUCCGGCCGCGCAGCCUCAAGGCGGUCGGGGACCGUGUGGUGGCGGAGGGAUGGGAAGGUAAGAAGGAGUACUGGGUGCAGGUGUGGACUGUUAACAAGGAUGGGAUGGUGACUCAGUUGCGCGAGUAUUUCAAUACGUUGGUGACGGUGAUGGUUAGGGUUUCGGAGGCCGACGACGAGAUGGUGAAGCUGUGGCAGAGUGACUCAAAGGAGCGGUUCCGGCGUUCGUUGCCGGAUAUUGUGCUAGCUAUCUGA